GCUCGAGCAACUGAAUCUCACCAAGAACCUCCGGGUGUAUCAAGGCUUGCUCAGGAACAACAACAGCUUCGGCCGCCCAGACAUGCCCCAGUGCCUUGCUGAGAUGCAGCGUUCUGUGUUCUGCCCUGCGUUGCCUGCGGAGACGAGCUCGGGCUUGGUUCGACUCUUUGACAUCCUCCGUGCGGGUUGCAUCCCAGUGGUGGUGAGUUUCAGGACCCGCUGGGGAAGCGGCGUCAGCUGGUGGCGUCACGACGGACCGCCACUGGAGUGGAGUUUGCCCUUCACUUGGGAGGUCAGCUGGCGACAGCUCGUUGUGGAAGUGCCGGAGGAGAAGUUGUCCUCGGUCGGCUUUGUAGAAACCUGCUUGCAGCUGACCCGCGAAGAGCUGGCAGCCAAGCAGAAACGGAUUCUUCGCGUGCGCAGCUUGCUCAGCUAUGACUUGGUGGGUGGCCAUCGCGACGCAUUCAGCCUGCUCAUGGAUGGAAUCCGGGCUGCAUUGGUGAAUCUGGUGUCUCAGCCUCCGGCUCUUGGUCGCUUCCCCGAGGUUUGCGACACUACGCCGCGACAUUCCGGCUUCCGUUCGAUGCUGCCCUCCCGGUUGAGUGAGAACGAAAAGGCCUGGACGCACAGUUUCGGCGAGAUGUCCUGCCUACCGCUGCACCGAUGGCAGCCACCAGGUGGUUUCUUGGAAGCUCUUGGCCAAUCCUUUGAGAUGGACCACUACGUCACAACGAAGAUGCUGAAACUCAGCUUUCGGUCUCCGGCCCUGUGGAUUCGGGAGCUUCACGUCCUUGAGGGCGACGCGAACGCCUCUGCGGGGUCCACGCCCUUCCUUGCCUGCCGACACCAGGGCCUACCGGAGGCGUGUCAUGAUCUUCUCGUCGAUGAGGGCUCGAAGGUCCGGGUGGACUAUUGCUAUCAGAGGCAAUCUGCGCCUCCUACGCCCAAGACGACCUGCCAUCUGAUCCCAUGGACCGUCGCACAGCUUCCGAACGUCGGCCCAGAGUCGAGGAGGGGGAGGUGGCAGCUGGUGACCUGGCUUUGCAACGCCUCCGAGUAUGCCGAGAAUCUGGCAGCACAGCUGCAGAGGUUGGGGGAAGGCCGGGAAAGCGAGCACCAUCUGGUUUUCGAUGUCGUCUUGUACUCCGCGUGCGGAGCUGCAGGAGCCCGGGCAGCUCUUCACCACGUCCACGGGCUCCUCCUCGCCAUCCAAGCCGACUCCUCGGUCACUGUCUCGGAGGGCGUCGUUCUCAUCCGUGGGGAUCUGGUCAACGCUGGAACGUUCCCGGAGAAGUUGUUGGAUGUCCUGGUGCAGCAACCCAAGGCCCAACUUCCGCGGAAGCGAUUGACGAUCUUCGAGGGAGCUGUAGGGCAGGGAGCUUGUGGCUACUGCGGCGGCUUCGGCGUCGUUUUCACCUGGCACUGUCCGCUUCACAGUCUUGGCCCAUCCAUGCGAGGUUGUCCUCAAGCCGCUGCGUUUACAACGAGCUCUCUUCUCUCCGCUUCUUCGGCAGAGUGGGCCGUGGCCUCCACCAUGAACUUGAAGGAGGGGACUGAACAGUUCGACCUUCUCGUAGCCUUGCUGGUCAAGGCGCUCCAGGAUGCCAAUGCUUCAGACGCAACGGUCCUGGACCAGCGUCUUUCCCUCGAAGAUCCUUUUGCUGUUUGCUUGGAAGCUUUUGGGGCACAGCGCUUCCUAGAGAAGACAGGCAUGCCACCCUACUACGUCUACGACUUCAAGAUGCAGGCGAUGGACUGUUUCGCUCAUGGCGGAGCCUAUGCCACGGUGGAGACAGGCUUAAAAUCGUGGCUCGCUUCGCCGAGGAAUGUCGUGCAAGAAGAGGAGGCAAUCAAGCAGGAGCUCAAGAAACUGGGCCUGGAUGCAAUGACCUUUUUGGAAGUCUUUGGCGUCUGUGUGCCAGAUGUCUGUCGGCACAACAUUACGGCCCUGGCAUGGCACUAUGUGAUGGACCACCAGAUGUUUCGGUCCAGCUUCUGGCAGGUGCCCCCUGUACCCCGUCGGGCGCGUAUUCGCCGGUUUUUCAGAAACCGGACGUUUUUUGCGCCAGAUGCCGGAGUGAGAAGCGAGAAAAGAAUGGCGUUACGGUUUGAGGUUUGGGGCAUUGGGUUUGGAAUACUGUUAAUCAGGGUUGGGGGCUUGGGGUUCAAUGUUUGGGGCAUGGUUCGCGUUGGGAGCGUGGCGUGGGGCAUGGGCUCUGGCCCCUCGUCUCAGGCUGGUAUAUAG